AUGUCGCUCAUGGGCGACGAGAUGGAAAACAACGUAUCUUCCGCCACUGAUUUGCAGCUUGAUCCGUCAUCGGACAAUACCAGGCCGCCGCCUGGCGCUCGCAAAAGAGGGCGCAAUGCAUCCGCGUGCUUGCAGUGUCACACUAGGAAGCAAAAGUGCAAUGGCCAUCUACCUUGCCUGAACUGCAUUCGACGAGGGGUGGGUUAUCUCUGCUCUGGCCCUCCGGCACAACAUCAACGGGAGCCCAGAAGCCGGGAAAAGCGGACUCAGGAACCGAAGCGUCGAGCACCCGAGGCUCGAUCACAGUCUCCAGCACCUGAUGAAGUGGAAACUACUGGCAACAGUGGACAGGCGCAGAUCCCACCUGUGCCAACCGAGUCACAGCCACGGAUAGGGCAACUUUGGAGGUCCAGAGGUGCUCCGGCGUUCUUUGGCACCUCUUACUUCGGACCUCAGGUGGCGGCCAUCAUGAUCGACUCUUCCGCCCCUGAUAUUCCUGCGGGCACUGGAUCGAGCAGGGCGAUAGAUGCACGGCCAUUCCGUGACGAAUCGGGCCCUUUCUCACAGAUCUGGGAUCUGUUGGGUCUCCUCCCGAGGCGGAAAACCGCCGUGGACCACCUGGUGGAUCGCUUUUUCAACGACGUGAACCAAGACAUUGAUGCUGUGCAUCCGACGUCUUUCCGACAAAGUUACGUUCAGUUUUGGGAGCGUAAGUCGGGCUUCGACGAUGUUACCACGGUGGAUUUGAGGUGGCUUGCUCUUCUGUUUAUUAUCCUUGCCAUUGGCACCUACCUCGAUUGUCCAUUGGAUAGCACACCCGAGACUAAACGGGACUACGAAGAGGCGUCCUUGAGGUUCUACUGGGCUUCAAGGAGAGCUAUCGUGUUGGCUCCGUCAUUCUAUGGCGAAAGCACAGACCUCGUUCGUGCCGGAGUUCUGGUCACACGGUAUCUCAUCCAGACCCAAAGACUGGCCGAGAGUUGGUUGACGGUCGGGUUUGCGGCGAGAAUCGGCAUUGCACAGGGUCUUCACGUGGACGGAGAUAAAUGGGGGCUGCCCAGAAGGUCCACAGAGACGCGUCGACGACUAUGGUGUCAUUUGUACACGCUCGAUCGAAUGAUUUCCCUCGCUCUUGGGAGGCCGUCCGUCAUCUCUGAUGCUCAGAGUAUUAUGGAAGAACCUCAGAACAUCUUUGUGGACGAUCUCACCGACGACGAGGCACGCUCGGCACAACCACAGCCGUUAACUAACCCCACGAUCAGUGCCAUGGCGUCGUUCGAAUAUCGACUGGCCAAGGUCAUUGGGCAGAUCCAGGAGGCCUGUUUCCACUUUCACUCAGUCUCGUAUCGAGACGUCCUUGCUCUCGAUGAGAAACUCAUGAGAUGGAAGAGUACACUACCACCAUACUUCGCGCUGGAAGAUCCUAAUCUAUCUCUCGACGAGACGCACGGCUACUUGAAAUGGCAACGGCUGUAUCUGCACACGAGCUUCCACUUUGCACGCAUCACCUUGCAUCGACCUUUUCUUCUCCGCUAUUCCAUGACCAAUCGCUAUGAGUCCAGUAGACAUGCUUGCCUCUCGUCUGCACGAGCCGACCUUGGGAGUCGGCUGAACAAUCAUACUUCGGUUGCGGCAGAACGAUACGCAUCAAGUCUUGCCGCCCACCAACUCUUUAACAGUGCCAUCAUCCUGGGAAUCAUUGCCGUCCGGGAGGCCAAAUCUCAACAGACUCCUGGAGUAGUCGAGGACCUCGAGGCCUACUGUGAGAUGCAGAGGUCGGAGAUGUGGCUAAGCGAGUUUGGCCUGGCAGAAAUCAAGGUGGUGGAAAUGUGCAUCGCCAAACUGAAGCAACAACUACAGGGUAGCGCCCAUCGAGGCACCGCGACCCAGCAGCAGAGCCCGCAAGCAGCACGGGUGCCGACGGUAGCCGAUUCGAGCAAUGUCGCGCCCACGGAUAUUGGUCUGACCUUGACAGCUGACCAGAAUUCGGAGCUGAUGAAUGUUGGUGGCCUGGAAAUGGUGUCGCCUUCCACCCUGAACACAGGCGCGACCUCGGUCUGGCAAGAUCAACUGUUUCCAGGCUCUUUCCCGGGCCUCACGGAUCUGCAGACAUGGCAAGAGGUUAUUGAUAGUAUUGAUGUUGACUUUCGUUACGACGGGUGA